CUUCACCCGUGCAAAGGCGAGCGGCAAAGCCAGAGAGCGGGGAACAGGAGAGCGGAGCCCAAGCGGGCGUCCCAGGAGCUGAGUCUCAGCGCCCAGGCUGCCAGCUGCUGCUCCAGACCCCGGGUGGGUGGGGCGGUGACUGCUCUGCUCCCAGCUGCUGCAGCCACAGCAGCUACAACAGCAGCAGCGGCAGCAGCAGCAGCAGCAGCAGCAGCUGCAACCACUCCCUAAGUGCCACCCCGAGCCCAGGCCGCCCUCCCGCCUUCCUCCCUCCCUCCCUCCCGGACUCUCCAAAUGGCCUGGCGCCGCGCUCGGGCCGGGCUGCUGCUCAUGCCGCGGCUGCUGCUGCUGCUGGUGCAGGGGAGAGCGAGCGGCAGCCACACGCCCGGAGCGGUCGGAUUGCCCCCGGCUGCCUACGACUUCUUGUUCAGUGGGGCUCCCUCUGCCUUCUCCUCCGCCUCGGCUUCCUCCAGCUCGGCUGCAGCGGGCAAUGAGCGCAUAGGAGACGCAUCUGCAGCCCUGGGCGCCGACGCUCGGGAUAUGGUAGCUGUCCACAUGCUUAAGCUCUAUGAGAAGUACACCCGCGAGGGCAGCCGUCCGGGAGAUGGCAACACCGUCCGCAGUUUCAAACCCAAGCUGGAAAUGAUUGACCACAAAGCCUUGUACCAUUUCAAUUUGACAUCCAUGCAAGAUUCAGAAAUGGUUCUUUCAGCCACUUUCCACUUCUACUCAGAUCGGCGGCCUCGAUCCCGGGAAGUAAUUUGCAAGCGUUCCAAGAACUCCUCCUGCCGCCUUCUGCACCUACAACCCCUUCCUCGUUUCCACUUGAUAUUCCGCAGUGUCCCACAGAAUGCAGCUUUUGGGUUGGUCAAGGGCAAUGUGACUAUCUUCCCCCACCAACGGGGUGUUUGGCAAGCCAAGGAUAUUUCUCACAUAAUUAAGGAAGCCAAACAGGAUGGAGAGCUUCUCCUCGUGGCUGAGCUCGAUUCUGAGGAGAAGGACCAAGUCUUCCAUGGCCCAGGACCAAACAACAUGCCCUACAUCCUUGUCUAUGCUAAUGAUCUGGCAAUCUCUGAGCCAAACAGUGUGGCAGUGACUCUCCAGAGAUAUGACCCCUUCCCAACCGGUGACACUGACCCAAGCCGCUCACCCAAUGCUUCCACUGACUCUCGGGUGAGGAGGGACAUUUAUGUUCCUGGUUCCAUCCAUGACAAUGAGCUUCCAGAGGUAGAAUACAGUCUCCAUCAUCCCCAUCACCUCCACCAUGCUCAUCACCCUCAACAUUAUCAUAAACAUGACCUGUGGGAGAGUGCCUAUAAGGCCCUAAAACCUAAAUCAUCACGGAAAGACCGAAGAAAAAAGGGACAGGAUCACAAUGAAAUGCUCACAAAAUCUCAGAUGCUGAAUUUUGAUGAGAAAACCAUGAAAAAGGCCCGAAGAAAACAAUGGAAUGAGCCAAGAAUCUGCUCUCGGAGAUACUUGAAAGUUGACUUUGCUGACAUAGGGUGGAAUGAAUGGAUCAUAUCACCCAAAUCAUUUGAUGCCUAUUACUGUUCUGGAGCUUGCGAGUUCCCAAUGCCCAAGAUUGUACGGCCGUCAAACCAUGCCACAAUCCAGAGCAUUGUAAAAGCCGUGGGGAUCAUUCCAGGCAUUCCAGAGCCCUGCUGUGUUCCUGAUAAAAUGAACUCCCUUAGUGUACUGUUCUUAGAUGAGAAUAGGAAUGUGGUACUAAAGGUAUAUCCCAACAUGUCAGUGGAGACUUGUGCCUGCCGAUAAAUCUCUGGAAUGAACUUCUGUUUAAAAAAAAAAGUAAGAAAGAAAGAAAGACAGAAAGGAAGGAAAGAGGAUCCCAUCUGAUCACAAAAGCAGGACACAUUGAGGAACCUGUGUCAUGGAAAUGAAUCCAGCUGUAUUUAUAAUCCUGUUUAUGUCAGUAAACACACACACACACACAAAGGAAAAACAACCCUACGAGGUUGUAGAAGGAGUUCUUCAUUCUUUCGGAGAUUUUUUUUCUUUUUUAAUAACUAAUGACAGCCCCCUGAGUUCAAAAAUUCAGUUAAUUACACCCAGUAUAUGGGCUUCCCAAGGGCCUUCUACUUUCUACUUACUCAGAGCUUGUGGCCACUGUUACAUUAAACUUUUCAUCGAAAUACCCUGAGAUUAUUCCUGCGUCUCUUUAUGUUAUCAUCUCAUAAUAGGGGAAGUAACCUUCACACACUCUAGCCUGUCAAUUCCCUAUAAAAAACGUUUUUUGUUUAAAACACCUGCCUUUUCAUAUACAUAUUUAUAUUGAAAAGAAGGCUGUAAUAAAGGGCUUAAAUGUAUAUUUUCUUUGAGAUUCAAAAUGUAGUGCACUGUAUAAGCUUGUAUACAUAUCUAUAUAUACAGUAUGUUAAUAUAACCUAUUUUUGGUUCCUUCCUCCUAAUAUAUAUUUUAUUUUGCAAAAGAAGGGGGUACUCCAGUGUACCCUGCAGAUGUGCGAGUUGCUGGGUUAAUUUCGAGUCGUCAAGACACACAUAUUCUUGAAAUAACACACAUAGUAAUAUGUUUAAAGACUAAAACAAAAUAACCGAGAUUUUAUAUUUUUGUAAAUUAUACUUUCUAUACUAUAGAAUAUGGUAUAAGUGCUUUUACUGAAAGCUAAUAAAUGAA